GCUCUGUCUGUGCAAGCCUUGGUCUAGAGGUUCCUUCUUAUAGUGCUCCAUUCCUUCGCGACUUCCCUCGCCCCUCCUCGCCCCUCCUCCCCCCUUCCUCGCUCCCGCUUAGGCAAUGACUAAUGUCCUUGACCUGUCACACCCAUCGCAUGAAUGUUGGGUCUGCUCCGGCGGCUCGCAGCCCGAGGCUGACGAUCCCCUGGCCGACCCUUCCUUCUCGGUGAUUGACAGCCAAAUUAUCCUGAGCAACGCCAUCUUCUCCCAAUGCCCGGCCUUGCUGAAGAGCCAUGGAAUUACCCACAUCGUCAACGUGUCUCGAGACUGCCCCCAGCCUUUCGAACAAAUCCCCUACUCGCCGGAUGCCGCCUGCCCCAUUUACCUGCGGGUUUCACUGGACGACCGUCCCAAGGAAGACCUCAAGCCCCACAUCUACCCGGUCAUCACCUUUAUCGAGGACGCUCUGCGGGACCCCUCAGCACGUGUGCUCAUCCACUGUGUCGCAGGCAUAUCCCGCUCCGUGUCCAUCCUCACGGCCUUCUUCAUGUAUAAGCGCAGCUUGUCCGCCUUUGAGGCAUUCGAUCUGGUUCACUCUUUGCGAUACUGCGCCUUCCCCAAUGCCGGCUUCUUGAAUCAGCUCCUCUGCUUGGAGGGCUACUGCCAUGAUUAUGGCGUCGGCCCGCAGCCCAUUCGUCUGAUGUAGCCAGCAGCCAGUGCGGAUGGUCGCGUGUGUGCACCUACGCCUGCAUGGCCACAUAUAGUCUCCCCCUGCCCCUCCCCCCCUCCCCCCUUCUGACGACAUGCACAGAAAUGCCGCUGUGCUGUCCUCCCACCUCCGGCCCCUCGCCUCCUCACUUCGCGCUCCACCCUUUCCACUGUGCUCUGCUUUGGCACGCCCCUCCCUUUUUUUUUUAUAGAGAAGAAGCACGCCCUCCAUCGCCGGGGGACCCGCUGGCGCCCCUCUCCCUCCCCUGUAUUUUUAUUCCCCUGCCUCAGUUGGCAUUCUCCCCCCCCCC